UCAGAGCGCGGCGUUGACAGCCACUGGCCACUGAUCAGCCCACUUUGUCGGGGUUUGUGUCUCCAUGCAAGACUGCUGAGAAAGAAGCUCUGACUCUCACAUUUUCUUAGACUUGCAAGGCAAGCGCACGCAGCCAAACAGCAAGCCAGUCCACGGCAACAACAUUCACAAAAAGUGAAAAGUCUUUUUUUUUCAGCGUCAUCACCGUAUCACAUAGCUUUCUGAACCAUGUCUGGAGAAGACGCACCUGCCCAGCAGCAAAACGCCGUGGACCAGAAGCAGGAGACCAAACCCACCGAAGAGCCUAAAUCCGAGCAGCCCAACACGGACUCUGCACCCGCAGGUGCCGCCGAGGCAGCCGCCACUCCCGCGGCGACCACUGAGAAGGUCCCCGAGGAGGAUACGUUCACUUACCGCGCUCUGGUGCUCACUGGCUACGGAGGCUAUGAUAAAGUCAAGCUGCAAGUAAAGAAGGGGAAGCCAGCACUCAAGGCUGGCGAGGUCCUGGUGAGGGUUAAGGCUUGCGGGCUCAACUUUGCCGACUUGAUGGCCAGACAGGGGCUCUACGACCGGCUGCCGUCCCCGCCGGUCACCCCGGGAAUGGAGUGCUCCGGGGUGGUAGAGGCUGUGGGGGAUGAAGUAACAGACAGAAAAGUUGGUGACAAAGUGAUGGUCCUGAACCGCUUCGGGCUCUGGCAGGAGGUGGCAGUGGUGCCAGCCAGCCACACCUUCCCCAUUCCCGAGGGGAUGAGCUUUGAAGAGGCAGCAGCCCUCCCUGUCAACUACAUCACUGCCUACAUGAUGCUGUUUGACUUUGGCAACCUGCGACCCAACCAGAGCGUCCUUAUCCACGCUGCUGCAGGUGGUGUGGGCAUUGCAGCCACUCAGCUGUGCAAGACAGUGAAGGAUGUGACUGUGUUCGGCACUGCAUCAGCCAGCAAACAUGAGACCAUCAGCCAGGGUGGAGUCACGCACACCAUUGACUAUCGCACCAAGGACUAUGUGGAGGAAGUCCGCAAGAUCAGUCCAAAAGGGCUGGACAUAAUACUGGACCCUCUUGGAGGAUCAGACACUCAUAAGGCCUACAACCUGCUGAAACCUAUGGGCAAACUUAUCACCUAUGGUGCAGCUAACAUGCUGGCGGGACAAAGGAAGAACCUGCUCGCCGUGGCCAAAAACUGGUACCACCAGUUCUCCAUCCACACACUCAGUUUGAUCCAGGGGAACAAGUCUGUGUGCGGCUUUCACCUAGGUUACCUGGACGGGGAGACGGAGCUUAUCACCCAGGCCAUGAGUAUCAUUCUGGAUCUGUACAAGGAGGGCAAAAUCAAACCCCGCAUCGACUCCACUUGGCAUCUUGAGCAGGUUGGUGAUGCCAUGAGAAAGAUGCAAGAGAGGAACAACAUCGGCAAAGUGAUCCUCACCACAGAGCCGAUGCCCGAGGAAGAGAAGAAGGAGGAGACCAAGAAGGAGGACAAGAAAGAGGACAAGAAGAAAGACGACAAGAAGAAGGAUGACAAGAAGAAGGACGAUGGAAAGAAGGAGGAGAAGAAGGAUGACAAGAAGAAAGAGGAGGCUAAGAAGGAGGAGAAGAAAGAGGAGGAGAAGAAGGAAGAGGCAAAGAAGGAGGAGAAGUGAGAGGGAGGGAUGCAUGGAUAGUCAAGCAGACCAACAGGGAGUUCAUGUCCUGGGAGCAGGGGGUGUGUUGGGGAUAAGUAUGGGGGUGGGGUGUUAGCAAAGCUGAGAAGGAGUUGGGAUAGAUUUGAAAAUGAUGACACUAUUCUCAGUCUUUCACCUCGAGUCUACAGUGAUUACUUAGGCCUGGCUUGUCUCACCUCCCCUUGCCCUCCUGUUUCUUGCUUUUAUCUAAGCAAAAUUCCAGUCUUGCAAACUCCUGACAUGCUCCAAACUCAUCUUCCACCCUUUCUCUGUCAGAGUAUUAAACAUUUUUAUCCUAUUGGUAAUCAUAGAAACAAGAGAGCAGUGGAGGAUGGUGGGUAUGGUCCAGGCCUGGGGCAAAUUACUGUCUCCUUGACAACCUUAAUCCCCGCUCGCACUUCGGCUUCACCCUCGACCUCCGUGCCCCUCCGCACCUCAACUCCCGCUGUGCUAAAUUGUUCUGCUCUGACUUCCACCUGCCACCUCCACUUCCCCCCUCACUGUGCUGAGUCCCCCCCUCCCCCUUUACACACACAUCCCACACCAUCACCCAACGCACCCACAAGCUGGACCCACAGACAGGCAAAAAACACAGGCAGAAAACAAGAACCACACCCACCCACACGUUGCUCUCUCAGUGUCCAGCUCUUAGUUAUGUCAGUAAGCAUGAGUCAGAGUUGCCUCUGAUUGGCUGAUGCACCUCACCUCCCCAGGAGAUAUUCCCACUGUGGAUUUGAUGGUGCUGAUGCUACAGACCACAAUAAUGGUUAUUUGACUGAUUAUAAAGCACGCAUUUUCACCAAAUCUCAGUGAUGUUCAUAUAGUGGCUGCAGUUUAGCACUUGCCUGAAUAUGAAUUUCCCACAUAAUGAGCCUUUCUGUGUUGUGUUGAAUAGGGCGGCAGAAAUCAUCGCUCAGCUUCCUUCUCCUUAGUUACAGAUUUUCUAGCCGACCAACUGUUGGCAAGAAGUGCACAGUGCCAAUUAAGAGAGAAUUUGUUUCUGUUCAAACAAGCAACAAACACACACACAAACACACACUUGCUGAAUGUGAUGAAAGAGGUACUGUCAUGCCGUGACAGUGAAGUAUCCAAAGUGAGCAAGUUAAGACGGUGAAAACGAGUUCUUUAUUUUAUUCCUCCCUGGUCCUCCUCUAGGCUUUCCAUGGCAUUCUGCUCCAUUCAUAGCGACCACUCGCCUGUCUAUCACCCUGACAUAAGCAAAGAGAAUUCUAGUGUCCAUACUUUAUCUCCCCACUCCUCUCUCUCUCUCUCUCUCUUUCGCUCUCUCGCUUUCUGUCUCUCCCUCCUCUUUCUGUUUCCCUCUCUAUGGUCGGCAUAGCAACAGGCGUAAGGCUUGUCAGAGACGGCACUGUGGUCUGUUUCUCUGACUCCCUCUUGCUGCGUCCCUUUUCUGCUCUCCUAACUCUCUAUUUGCCAACAGUCUGUACUUCAACAGGUGGAGAAUGUAUUAAGAAUCUCAGAUUAAAAGGAGGAGGAGAUGAAGUUUUCCAGAUUUUUAGUAUUGCCCUGGAAAACUUUAACAUUUAUUUGAUAAUUGACAAUGUGUGCAAUUAGCAGUAUUAUGGCUAACAUAGUGCACUGAUUCCCCUUAUGGAUGUUCUGAAUCAGUCUGUGUCUAAAUUUAAUAAUUGGCUUUAAACAUUAGACAAAACUGCCUGUCUCACUGCCUGUCUCUGGGUCCGGUAUCACUGUUGAGACUCAGAUGGUGACUAGUGACUUUGUAAAAAAAAAAAAAAGAAAGAAAAUAAAAAAAAAAAAGAACGAAAAAGAGAAAAAAAAAGAAAAAAUAUUGUUGUGUUAGCAUGAGUGGCCUCCCUCAUGUGCUGUGUGUGGUGUGCCAUUGUGUGUGAAGACGUGUGUGUCCUCAGGUCGUUUGUCAGGUUUUAAAAGCACCCACCCUACCUGCCCCUACCACAUUUCCACUUUACACUAUUCAGCUACAGUACAAUGUAGCUCCAAACUCACCCUUCCUCCUCUAUCUCCCUCCUGUCUGAUAAGAGGCCUGUGUUAUGAGGACAGUUGGUAUUAGUAUUUUGCACUCUGCUCGCUGAUCUUAAUGCACUUGCAAGCAUGGCAGUCGCACUCCAGUCCUAUGUGGGCUUUGAUUUUGCUUCAUGUUUGCAGCCUGUUUCCCAUCAUCCUGUCCCAGUGUAUCAGCUGAAGCAGCACAGGUGGCACACGCACUCAUUUUCAGCUUGCCAGUCCCUGCUCGGGCCAACUUCUCUUGGGUGGCAGCUAAAAUCAAAGCAUUCAUCCAUCCUUGACUGUGGGAAGUAAAAUGUGGAGUGGGUUGAUCUGGUCUGGAGUGCGACCGCCAUGCUGGUGUGGGGAGUGAUUGUGUCCUGUCAGCCUCUGGUUAGUGUUCUGUUCUAAUCUGCUGGGCUCCCUUUGUGAACCUGUGGACGGUGCUUCUGUUCUGAGUGCCAUGUGAGACACAAAUGCUUCAGUGAAAGAAAAAAAAAAAAAAGGAAAAAUGUUUUACUAUGUUAUUUUGAUUUACCUUUAUAUUUUCAUUUGAUUGUUUUGUUAUCCAAGGGUUUAAAGUUCAAAGCUCAUACAGUACUCUUUAUGUGGGGACCUGCCAACCUGCACUCCUUUUAAAUGUGAUAAAGUUUUUCUGUUGGUUCAAACCAUGUGUGCCAAAUUGUAUGUAUAUUCCUCUGUCAAUGCUUUGAAUAUUAACAGUGCAUAAAAAUCUAUAAAGACAA